AUGAAUAACACAGGAAAAACUACUGAAGAUACAACUCUUCAAACAAGUACUGAAAAACAAGGCGUGACUCUUCAAGUCCUAGAAAUAUUUCGCAAUUUCUGCGGAUGUUUCAAUAAAAAACCGACACUUUUCGGUAACCAGGUGGAGCCGAGUCAGCCGAUCAGCAUGCCGAAAGCCGUCAUCACAUCUCGGACCGACCAACCUGUGGUCAAACAUCUGACGGAAGGCGAAAUUUAUAAUUUUGAAAAGAUAUGGAAACAUGUUCAAAAAAAUUUACCUGAAAUCGGAAAGAAUAUGUUCAAAGAAUUAUUUACUAAAAACCCGGCUCUGAGCGAAAAGUUUGACAAAUUUCGAGGUAUGAAGGGGGAAGCGCUGUUAGAAAGUGUUGCCCUGGACGUGCAUGGGAUGGUGGUGAUGAAUACGAUGGAUGAGAUGGUCAGUCACAUGGACGAGGGGUCAAAGUUCAUUGAGGAAAUCUUAGAGGAAGUUGGAAUGUCCCAUGCCAGAUUUGGAUCGCAGAUAAAAAUUGACGACUUUUGGGAAUUAGAGGAUCCUUUAGUGAACGCCAUCGUCAAGGUCACACCAGGCAUUAAUCAGAAUGCAUUGAAACUGACCAGGAAGGUGAUCAGGUUCAUCAUAACAGGAAUCACGAAGGGAUUCAAGGAUGAAUGGAUUAAGAACGGAGAGAUCUUGGAAAAAAUAGACAACAAAGAUCCGUCUACAUUCUCCUCAUUCUACUCUGGUUCACACAAGAAGCCGGAUCUGAGCGAAAUCAUCGAGAAGGACAUGGAAGAGAAGAUACAGACUAAUGAAAUGUUGCACCACCAUCAUCACGGCCACCACCACCACCACCACCACGGUGAUCAUCAUCGUCAUCGUCACCACGAAAACGAAUUAGUGAUGGACAGUGUCUCCGGGGUCUGGUCGGUGGCUUCCUAUUCCAGUAACAGGAAGAGUAGUCCAUCUGGUCACUUGUCAACAGCUACAAGAAAGUCCGAGGCUAGAAACAGUACUGUCAGUCACUUGAGUGGGAGGAGUCUGGCGGUUACGUCACCCAAUCAAUAUCAUCCCUAA